AUGGCCUGGGCAGAUUGUGGCAGCAGCAUCUAUUAUCGCACCGCCAACAACCUGCACUACACUGCCCAGCCCUAUGGCGCAGGAGAGGGGCUUUGCACCAGACCUAGCAAGGGAGAAAUGGCAUCAAACUUGCCCGAAAAGUAUUUUCCACGUGAGCAGGGUCUUGAUGAAUAUUCCAACAACAUGCGCUGCUACAUGCAAAGGAGCAAUGUCACAGGUAGCAUUUCAGCACAGGGUCCUACGAUGAAUCAGCCAAGGAGCUUGACUGUGCGGUACGAAGGGGAGUUCUCCACUGCUUCUUUGGCUGUGGCUCUGGCCAAGCUGCUUCUCUUGCCCUUGCACACGGUACAACUUCAGCGCUCCAGACGCCUGAGCACCCGACGGGUGCAGACCUUGUCCGAACGUUGCGACUAUUCAAUCCAGUUUUUGGACUCCACCGGAACUCUUCACAAGAGCGUGGAAGCCACUUUGAAGGUUCUGCAGAGCGACCCAGGACAGUUGAACAUGCCUUUGCUCUUCAACUUGCAGAUAGCUAUCACGGACAUGACUGAAAUGCAGAGGGAGAUCAUCCCGAAAUUGGCCUUUGAAGAAUUGGCCUAUGUGCCGCAGCGGCAGACCUGUUUGAAGGAGAUAGUGGCAUCGCUGGACUUGGAGCUCAAUGAGGCUUAUUUGUGGCACGGCACACAAGUGAGAACAGGUCUGCAGAUCGCGCAGGAGUCCAGCGCCAUAGAGAAGUAUCUUAGUGGCGUAUCUGACAGCACACUGGGAGACCGUGCAAGUGCAGUGGGCACCUACCGCGAGUUCGUGGUCUAUCACCCGGACCAGGUCUAUCCGGAGUAUUUGGUGCUUUAUGAGCGCUUACACGGCACCCGGCCUCCCGAGCCGCCACCAAAGGAUAUGCCGUUCUUACUGGAGCUGCCUUUGUAUUGGAAGAAUGUGGGGAAGAAUCCGUUCGCUAAACGAGUUUACUUGCACGACCCGACAGGGUUUUCAGAUCCGAUGCCUUGGAUCGGGGCAGCCUGGGGCGGAAACCGACCGACCCGGAACCAGGUCCAACGAGUGAAGCGAGUCGAAGAUUCGGUGCUUUGGUGCAAAUAUAUGAAUUGGAAGAAGCAGCUCUCCCAAGAGCUGAGCAAAAGAAAGAUCGAUCGAUGUAAACCACCCAACGAGCUUGAUGGAAAUCCCAAUAGUGGCCAUGUCUUGACUGGGGAGAUCCAAGCAGAGCAUGAUGGUGACGAGGCCAUCAGCUUGGAGAACAUGGUCCCUGGGCUCAACGAGCUCCUUUUGUGGCACGGCACUAGCCGCGAGGCGGCCGCCGCUAUCGCCAGCGAUGGGACACUCGGUGGAAGGUUCAUUCUGAAUCCCAGUGCUUUGCACGGCCGCCGCUUUGGUAAUGGUGUCUACCUGGCGGAAGAUCUCCGGAAGAGUAUGAGCUACUGCAAGGAAUCGGAGGGUGUCCUUCACGUCCUCUUGUGUCGUGCCGUUUGUGGCGAGAUCUUCUACACCGAGAAGGAUCGACACGUAGAUGCCCCCGACGAGGCCAAAGCAGCGAAGAAGCAAUCGGUGCUGGCCAAUCCUGGGAAGGUGGGCCCAAGGGAGUACAUCCUCUUCGAGACCGCACAAGUCUAUCCUGAGUACAUCGUCGAAUUUGCAUUGAGUCCAUGGACCGGGCGCGCGGCGGGCGCGCUGCGCCGGAGGCUCCCCGCGUGGUCCCGGCGCGUGGACAUCCGGACAUUCAGCAAAAAGAAGAAGCCGGUUGCCUUGGAGACUGUAGUCCCUCGGGACGGUUCUCGUGACGAUCUCAAAAUUCUUCCUAGUGAUCCUGAAGGCUUGAAGUUGAAGGUGCGUUCGCUGGGUAGCAUCACUCUCGAAGACCAGAACCGCUUUGUGCAAAAAGUGAACGAUCAUGGAGCCGCAGUUCUGGUGCCCGAAGAGGAGGGCGACCCUUUGGCGGUUUACAAGACGUUGGACCGGUGGUUUGGCAACUGUAUUCCACACGAUGCGAUGAACGAGCAUGGCAUCGUGGAGAUCAAUCCCGCAAAUCCCACCAGCAUCAACACGGCGAAUCCGAAGAAGGAACACCUGCCACACACCGAUGAUGCCUACACUGACAGUCCUGCUGCGUUCUGCACCUUGCAGUGCCGGACCUCGGCUGCCACGGGCGGCGAGUCCGUGUUGGUGAGUGGCGCGGAGCUGUUGGCGGCCCUGUCCAACGAGGAGCUUCGGACCUUGAUGCAACCGGGCAUGGUCUCAAUGGGAAGGCGACCUGCUGCUGAUGGCUCUUGGAUGAAGGUUAGGUGGCGCUGCAAUGAUGGCUGUGUCGGGGAUGUUGCCGCAGAAGUAAAGCCUUCCUAUGAGCAGAUGGACGCAGUUGCUAGACAUGAGGUACACCAGCUGGUUGUGCCUCUGAACCCUGGAGAACUUUUGAUCGUAGACAAUCGGGCUAUUGCACAUGGCCGUCGCCCCUAUGAGUCUGACGACCCUCGAAUAAUGUGGAGAAAGAACUACGUAGGGAAUGGUGAGCUAGAAGCUCAACUAAGAACUGGCAUGUGCGCCGCUUUUUCCAGUAUGUUUGAUGGACUGCACAGCAUGUUCGAUCCUAUGUCUCUGGAUACCUCCAAGCUGAAGAUUUAA